AUGGACGAGACCUCGGUAGACAGAGACCGUCCCCCUGGCAAGAGGCCGGCAGCUCGCGGAACUGCCUUUUACCCGCGCAAGAGGGCGAACGCCGCCUGCCAGGUCUGCCGAGCCCGAAAGACCAAAUGCGAUAAUCGAAAGCCGUCGUGCUCUUACUGCCUCAGCGUCGGCGCGACCUGCAUACAGUCACCUGUCGACCUCUCGGCUUUUGACCCCGCGAGUCUCAAGAUCCUCGAACGAUUAGAUGAGCUUGAGAGGCUGAUCAAAGAGCCGCAGAUGCAAUCGUCUUCGAGUUCACCUGCCAGACCUAUUGGUGAUCUCAAUGAUAUUCCACUCAGGAGCAUCCUUCCGGAAAAGGUGGAGAGUCUGCUUAUUUGGUCCGUCCUCGCUCAGCACUCGCCUCAGGAGAGCCUCCAAGCUUCCCCUGCCCUGCCACGGGACUCGUACUCCCCUGGAUGCAGUCCACUGAGUGGAAUUGUCGACAUGGACACGCAGAGCGUGAAAAUGCUUCUAGACAACUUCUUUACUCACGUGCACUGCAAAAACCCCAUCCUGGAGGAGACGGCGACCCGGCAGCUCGUCACGAGCACCAUCAUGGAAGGGAUAGACUGGUCGGCAAACUCGUGCCUGGCCCUGCUCAUCUGCGCGCUCGGAAAGGUUGCCACUCCCCUGGGACCGAGCCUUGGGUCUAAGCCGGAUACAGCAAACUAUCUCGAGGCCCAGAAGCUGUUCCACGCGGCGCAGAAGAGGAUCGGAACGCUCAUGACGCAAUCGGACAUAAUCGGAGCGCAGUGCUUCUUUCUGUCUGGGGUGUUUCUGAUGUGCAACUUUCAGCCUUUUGAAGCUUGGAGGUUCUUCUCGCAGGCUCUGGCUGCUUGUCAGACGUUGCCGUUCCUGCAGAGGGCGCAUAGACGAGAUUCGGGGCUGGAUAUGGUGCAGCCUGCUGCUGAUGAGACGCAGCAGGAGGCGAUUUAUUGGUCUUCGUGGAAGUCGGAGCACGAAUUGAGGUCGGAGCUGAUGUUGCCGGAUUUUAACAAGUCUCACCACUCUUCGAGCAAUUUGUACCCUCCGUUUUUUCCUACGCCGCCUCAUCCGCUUGACUCGAACAAGACGACAGACUCGGACAGACAGCGAGCGUCAUGGCUGUUUUAUCUGGCUGAGAUUUCUCUGCGACGACUUUACAGUCGAAUUGCGAACGAAAUACUCGAGCUGCAUCGUUCUUCUGCUUCUAACCUGGACUUCCUCAGGGAUCUGGCCGCAAGGGUACCGGAUUAUGAGACACAGGCUCAUCAGUGGGCUGGUAGCCUACCACCAGAGCUCUGUCUUUCCAGACCACCUACAGAAGACAAUGUGUGCACGUUUGUUCUUCGAGGACAUCUCGUCAACUUUUUCGAAGCCAUUUACUGGGCGUUUGUCAUGGCACACUUUAACGCUCUCGAGAGAGGGCUGUUACUGGACCUCCCUGGUAAAGAAUACGCGGAUAAAGGAUUGGAGUAUCACGUUAUUCGAGUACAAGUGAAUGAAGUCGGAAUGCUGCAUCGACAUCACGGGACGUGGCUGCUGAUCAGAGCCUGCGUCCGGUCUGCCGGUAUCCUCCUCGGGGGGCGGGUGCUAGGGGCAACGAUGCCGAGGGGCUGGCACGAAGCGGUGCAGAAGAUCAUGUACCUCCUCAGCUCAUGGGAAGACGAGGCCCCAGAGCUCUCCGCACGGAGGGCGUUCCUGCAGGGGGUCAUGAUGAGCUUUGACAGCUGA